GCGCGGGUGGAUGCUCUCGGGCUGCCUGAGUGAGGUCUGUCUCCCGGGCUGGUGCUUGAUGAGCGCUGCCUGGCGCCGGCGCCGCCGCUCGGGCUGCUGGGUUCAUUUGUUAUCCGGCGGCCUGGCUCCAUUUCUGCACGGAGGGCCCUGAGCGGCUGCGUCCGCGGCCGGCCCCCUCGCGUCUCUCUUGUGUAUCCCGCAGGCCCGGCCCUUGCCCCGCUCGGGCCUCCGCAGCCAUGAGCACGGAAGACGAGAUCAUCCGCAUCGCCAAGAAGAUGGACAAGAUGGUGCAGAAGAAGAACGCGGCUGGGGCACUGGAUUUGCUAAAGGAGCUUAAGAAUAUACCUAUGACCCUUGAGUUGUUACAGUCCACAAGAAUUGGAAUGUCAGUGAAUGCAAUACGCAAGCAAAGCACAGAUGAAGAGGUUACAUCUUUAGCAAAAUCUCUCAUCAAGUCUUGGAAAAAGCUGUUAGAUGGACCGUCAACUGAUAAAGACUCUGAAGACAAGAAAAAGGAACCUGCAUCUUCAUCACAAAACAGUCCUGAAGCAAGAGAAGAAAGCAGUUCCAGUAGCAACUCCAGCAUCAGGAAAGAGGAGGCUAAUGCUUCAUCUGAUUCCUUCAUCCCUUCUUUUCCUCGGGCUCCAAGUACUUCAGAUUCUGUACGAGUGAAAUGUAGAGAAAUGCUGGCUGCUGCUCUCAAAACAGGGGAUGACUACAUUGCUAUUGGUGCUGAUGAGGAAGAGCUGGGAUCUCAGAUUGAAGAAGCUAUAUAUCAAGAAUUGAAAAACACUGACAUGAAAUACAAAAAUAGGGUACGAAGUAGAAUAGCAAAUCUCAAGGACACAAAGAACCCUAAUCUAAGAAAAAAUGUAUUAUGUGGGAACAUACCUCCAGACAGGUUUGCCAAAAUGACAGCAGAGGAGAUGGCGAGUGAUGAGCUGAAAGAGAUGCGCAAAAAUCUGACCAAAGAAGCUAUCAGAGAGCACCAGAUGGCUAAGACAGGAGGCACCCAGACUGACCUGUUUACAUGUGGCAAAUGUAAAAAGAAGAAUUGCACUUACACACAGGUUCAAACCCGCAGUGCUGAUGAACCUAUGACAACAUUUGUUGUCUGUAAUGAAUGUGGAAACAGAUGGAAGUUCUGUUAGAAGAAACAACUGUCAAGACACCUGGACCAGUAUGAAAGAGGAUUUUGUAAUUAGUUUUAAGAACUAGGCCAGGCAUGUAGGUUCCUGCAAACAAGAAUUUUUUUUUUAAGUUUUUUUUUUUUUUUUUUUUUUUGUAAAGCAGCAUACAUCCCUGGAGUUAACCUUUGGUUUUUGACACAACUUCCUUAAAUGCUUUCCUAUAGUUAAUAGUCAGUAGGGCCUGGAUGCUCAAUUGUAUGGUGUAUGUUUAAAAUAUUUUUUCAUUUUUGUAAGUAAGUUGACAUUAAACUUUUAUCAAUAAACUUUUGGUAACUGAA